AUCACACUGGGAUUAAAUAUUUCCCAAUAUACUUGGUACAAUUUGUACUCUUAAAGACAACCCAUUGCUUAAUUCGGCAAUAUCUAGUGCGUAUUACUACCUAAGGCAGUUACUUUGACGUUGGUGUCUGGUUGCUGUUAUAUCAACUAUCUUGUUUGUUCUGCACAGUGAUCAUAUGCUAAUCGAUAUGGUCCUAUUUUGGAAUAACGGUGUUUUAUCUUAUAAGUGGUCUAUAGAAGACUUAUAGGAUUCGCCGUGUUUUUACGAUGGCGAGUUACUUAUCGCAACUCCGGCGGUUUAAAGUUAACCGUGCCAACUUAGUGGAGAAUGAACCUGCUCCGGUAGUGGUCAACAACACCACGAUUAUCCGCAAACUGCAAGAUAUAUCUAGAUCACCAUCUCAGGAUGAAGGGACGUUAAAAGAAUACAUACGUAUACUAUGUGAGGAGAUGCAUUGGCAGUGUGCCAGUGAAUCCGAGGUUAAUGAUGUUACCAAUGGGUUAAUCGAUAUGGUCACAACAGAACACUCGUUACUGGGAUCAGUUGUCCACGAGAUUGUAGCUAAAUUUAGGCGCAUAGAGGGCGAAAAUGGCAAGAUUGACAUCGUUGACAAGGUAUUCGAUAAUUUCUUGGAACUGAAAAAACAGUUGCGUCACAUUCUUAUCAACAGUACCUUGGACGUACCUCUUGAAGGCGAUAGUUUAAAAAUAGUUCGUGAAAUAUUACGCCAAUAUCCAGGUUCUAUAGACGUGGAUUCAGUUACUAUUUUCACAUCGGUCCAUUUGAAUCCGAAGUAUCGCGGGAUGCGUUGUUUCUUCUUCAAGGAAGCCGAUGGCCGAUGCACUGACUUUAGUUAUGCUCGGUGUGCUGAUGGCGUUCCUGCACGGUACCAUCGGCUACACAAUGUGUUUAUAGACGUUCUAGUGGAACUAUGUCGCCUAUACCCUAGGGUAAUAGGCCAGGUGAUAGAGUCCUUUGAGAACUUGUAUCCACACUACAACCUUGCCCUGGAACAUCACGUGUCGGUAUCUAGGAAUUUAUGCACUCUUGCUAGAAGGGUACCAGCUUUAUUGGGGCCACUGUAUCGAUUGCUGAUUACCAAGGUUACUAUCAUUGACGCCGAGAUAAAGUUAGAGGACCCUAGUGAGUUUUGCGAGGAGAAGAUUAAGGCGCUGCGACUGGAGACAAUGCGCCAGCUGGCGUCUGAGUUAAAGAGUGGAUCUAUUGACAUCUCUGAGGCUAAGCACCGUAUUGGCAACCCCAACUGGUACCAGGAGCUUUACGCCACUGUACGUACUGAUGAGGACCUGGAUGACAUGACGCAGAAGUUGGAUGCUGUAAUGUCAGUUUUGUUCAGCUCGCUGACUAGGCUACUAAAUGACAAUAUGGACACGCCCGCUGUGCAGAAACCAUCAAUGCCCGAGUUAACAGAGGACUCCUCUGAUAGUGACGGAAGCGACUCUGUAUCCACUAGUGGCUACCAUUCCGUAUCCAGUUAUAGGAAUGAAGAGGUCAAUUAUCCAGAUCAUGGAUUACGCAGCAAGUCUGUUUCGGGUGUCGUCAAAUCAGAAGUGGGUUAUAAUGUCCCAACGGUUGCUGACAGGAUAGUGUCUGAAUUACUCGACGUCUUCGAGGAUGUAGUGCUACCAACGCAACGGUGUAAAUACGUCCAGUUCCUAUAUAUCCACGUGGCUUCUAUGAAGACUGCAUGGUCCCAUUUAUUCCUGCAACGGCUGUUACUUAUACUAUAUGACGAAGAGGCCCAUUCAACAAGUCGACGUUAUGCUAGUAGCUACAUAGCCUCGAUAGUAUCGCGUGCUGAUUUUAUCCAGGGCCAAGUUGUUUGUAGUGUGGUGUACUAUCUGUUUUCCAUAUUGGCCAAGUUCGAAUAUCUCUUGGUGCAGUGUCAGGAUUCGGGUGCUAGUAGUGUGACUUCUGAUUUUACCCUUAGGUCCCAAAAUCGCUUUGGUGAAUCCGGCAGUAUAAGAUCGCAUUCACAAAUGAAUCGAUUCUAUUCCUUAUUACAGGACAUACUUCAUAUAGUCUCUUACCAUGCAGGUACACUAGGUAGUUCACCUCGUUGCGUGCGUUACCUCCAGGACAAAAGGUUAUCUGUAUGUACUUUCCUAGACAGCCAUUUGUUCCCAGUUGGCCGUAUGCGCGAGACUGUAGUUGAUAACGCAAUAUCCGCGACAUCUAUAGUCCCCGAGCUGCGAACACUGCACAUAUCACUGGUUAAAGCCAGGGAAGCGGUAUUCAGCAGUGACAACGCGUGUGCCAAAGGGUAUUCCACAAAAGUGAUAGAAGGAAGUUUUCCCUAUGACUCAUUUGCUCUGUAUCACUCCCGGUACUUCAUUCGCAAUAACUAUCGUUUACAUGGUUACUACGAGCUAAACAAGGACUUGGUGGCAGUGAAGCAGGAGCUGGUAGACAUGGCACCUGAUUACGUGGUAACUAAGGAACCAACAGCUAGAAAAUGCAUUCCAGUAUCGGCGUUACGUGACAUUAAGGUUGAAUGUACAAAAAAAGUUCCUCAUGGCCUCGAUUUGAUACCGGAUGGCACCAGUAUCGACGUGCCAAUGAAGAAAUCAGAUCUUGACAGCGAUAUUCCCGAGGACAGGAUAGUUGACCAGUUCAUGCAGGCGACGCCUACUCGUCCGGAGCCGUGGCAAAGUCCAGUUCCGAGAUUGCAGAAUCAGGGAUUCGCUGUCGUGGGUGAUCUUAACACGUCGGGGUACACCACUACCGAGGGUGGAUUCUCCGACACAAAACAUGAUAACGCCCUUUGUUCAUCACAGGAUAGCGGUAGCUCCAUUGCAACGCACAUUCGGUCGCGGCUGCAACGGAAACACAGGAGGACACAAAAAAUCGAUAUGGAUCCCUUGUUCGAUUUUUACGGGGAGGAUGUGUCCGACAUUUCAGAAGUCGACUUUAGGAGCGACAACCUGAAGCGUUUAAAGAGCUGCUCGAGCGCCGGUACUGAGUACUCCACAACCGGGCCUGAGGUCCCGGCUGACCAUACCAACGACGACCAGCAGCUUAUAGUUAUCGGCAUUGACCAGUUGGAUGACUUUGAACUGUCACUUUCAAGCUCGAUUUUGGUUAAUGCCCCCAAGCGGAGCAGUAAACGAAUAUUCGACCUCUUGACAGCGACAGCGGCUUAUAAAUCGGCCAUAGUCAAUUCCGAGGUGACAAAGAACAUACAUAAGCGGUGUCAGGAUUCACUCAAAUAGAGGGAUCCAAUUUG